UUUUGCCUAUUAGAAUUCUCUCAUUUCUCUUGCUCUUUUUGGGAGAGUUUGAGGUUGAAUUUUCAACAUCAAAAUAAUCAAAUUUUAUUUAUAAAUUUGUCAAUGAUUCUAUAGAAAAAUAAGAAAGACUGUUUUCAUCACUAUAGACGUUUCAGUGAAGAUCCAAAGGUUCCAUAUUGCUAUAUUGUAAACAGGUAAUUCCAUCCGAAAUGGCGGCAAUAUUGGCUUCGCAUGGCUGUUAUUGCCGAAAUAACGAGCAACCGGAACAAGGAAGAGUAGGACUAGAUAGUCUCAGUUUCUUUAGUUCAAUUUCUGUACAGAAAUUACCAAAAUCUGAGAAUUUCUUAAGUGAUGUUUCAAUAGUUAAUAGAAGAUUUACAUUUCCAGUAAAUGCGCAACAAGCAGACUUAUCUAAGAGGUUAGGUGUAAAUGGGCAAGCUAAUAGGAUGGUUUCAGCGGCUGAAGUAACCAGAAGUAAGAAUACAAUCAACGGAGGUGUAAAUGGUAAUGGGCGUGCUACUAAAAUGGUACCCACCAGGGAAGCAAUGAGAAACAUGAGAUCAGUUAAUGGUUCACAGAAGGUUGUUAAUGGAACAAGUACAGUUAAUAGAAGUACUUCACUUAAUCUAGUUAAUACUCAGAAAAGUGUUGGCUUUAGCAAUGAUGUUUCUUUUAAUGAGGAACUAAAAGUACUGCCUUCAGAUGAAACUUUUAGUUGGGCUAAUGAAAAUUACAACUCUUUUCAAAGGAGUGUAGAUGUGUGGUCUUUCGUUCUUUCUUUACGUGUUCGUAUACUUCUCGACAACGCCAAAUGGUCAUAUCUUGGAGGUUUCACUGAAGAUAAACAGAAAAACAGAAGACGGGGUACGGCUUCAUGGUUAAGAGAAUGUGUAUUACAGCUUGGGCCAACAUUUAUCAAACUUGGACAGUUGUCCUCAACACGGUCUGACUUGUUCCCGCGUGAGUUUGUGGACGAGCUUGCCAAGUUGCAGGAUAGAGUCCCAGCAUUUUCAGCUAAGAAAGCUAGAGCAUUCAUAGAGAAUGAAUUGGGAGCUCCAGUUGAUGUUCUGUUUAAGGAAUUUGAAGAUCGACCUAUAGCUGCGGCUAGUCUUGGUCAGGUACACCGAGCUAUUCUGCAUAACGGAGAGAAAGUGGUUGUGAAAGUUCAAAGACCUGGUCUUAAGAAACUCUUUGAUAUCGACUUACGAAAUCUAAAGCUAAUUGCUGAAUAUUUUCAAAGAAGUGAAACUCUGGGAGGUCCUACAAGGGACUGGAUGGGUAUAUAUGAAGAAUGUGCUACGAUUCUGUAUCAGGAAGUUGAUUAUAUAAAUGAAGCGAAAAAUGCUGAUAGAUUCCGUCGUGAUUUCCGAAACAUAAAGUGGGUUCGAGUACCUCUGGUGUUUUGGGACUAUACUGCUACAAAGGUGUUAACAUUGGAAUAUGUUCCAGGUGUUAAGAUAAAUAACUUGGACAUGGUAGAUGCUCGAGGGUUUGAUCGUUCUCGCAUCUCUUCACGUUCUAUUGAAGCAUACUUGAUUCAGAUACUGAGAACUGGCUUCUUUCAUGCUGAUCCUCAUCCUGGGAAUCUUGCCAUUGACGCGGAUGAGACCCUCAUCUACUAUGAUUUUGGUAUGAUGGGAGAUAUAAAAACUUUCACUCGAGAGAGAUUGCUUGAACUCUUUUAUGCAGUUUAUGAGAAGGAUGCAAAAAAGGUUAUAAAAUGUUUAAUAGAGCUCGAAGCACUCCAGCCCACUGGAGACUUGUCAUCGGUUAAGAGAUCUGUGCAGUUCUUUUUGGAUAAUUUACUAAGCCAAAGUCCUGACCAGCAGCAGACUUUAGCUGCAAUUGGUGAGGACUUAUUUGCAAUAGCAACAGAUCAGCCAUUUCGCUUCCCAUCUACUUUUACCUUUGUCAUACGGGCAUUUUCAACCCUGGAAGGUAUAGGAUAUAUACUAGAUCCAGCCUUUUCGUUUGUGAAAAUUGCCGCCCCUUAUGCACAAGAACUCCUAGAUGUAAGACAGAAGCAACAAGGUGGAGCCCAACUCGUGGAGGGUAUAAGAAGACAGGCUAAUGAAGCCAGAACCUCCACCAUUUCCAUGCCAUCCCGAGUUCAACGCAUAGAGGAGUUCGUGAAAGAACUUGAAUCAGGGGAAUUAAAACUCAGAGUCAGGGUACUUGAGUCGGAAAGAUCAGCUCGAAAGGCAACGAUACUUCAAAUGGCGACAAUGUACACAGUUAUCGGAGGCUCAUUGCUAAACAUUGGAGUAUCUUUUAGCAGCCAGGGAAAUAACAUGAUUGCAAAUGGGUCUUUUGUUGGUGCAAGUAUUUUUUUCAUAUUGUUAUUAAGGUCUAUGCAAAGGGUGAAGAAGAUUGAAAAAUUUGAGAAGUCUAUAUAGAAAUGUUAUACUCCGUAUUAAAUUAAUUAUCAGAAUUUGAAAAGAAAUUUAUUCUCAUUUUGUAUAUUGCAGUUUUUUUCUUAUAGCUUAAAAAUUUGUACUUAGAAAAGAAGGAGACGAGUAUUUCAUCGUAUAAUCUCCUCAUAAUAUACAAAGUGUUACACAUUGUAAAAGAAUCGAUACAAAAGUUGUAAUUGUAUGAUGGCAAUGAUAAUAUAAUGGAAUAUACUGUUCUAGUCACAAA